AUGGCACGAACAAUGGUUUAUAAUUUCACGAUGCCACAAGAUAAGAAGCUCGUUGCAGUGAAGAAGAAUCGGACGGCUGCGGUGGAGGAUGUAGAUGAGAAGAAAAUGAAGAAGAAUAUGUUCAAGAUCAAUAGAAACAUCUUUCGGGUUCUGAAACAGGUGCAUCCUAACAUUUCUAUUACCUGCGAAGCCAUGAAGGUGAUGAACACUAUAAUAAACAACAUGAUGCUGAAGCUUGUUCAUAAAUCUUUCAAGCAUAAUAAUAGUUUACGACGUAACAAGUCAAAAUUGUCUAUCAAUGAUAUUAUGUCCGCUGUUAAGGAAGUCUUUCCUCCACAAAUGGCCAACCUUGCCCGCACAGCAGCUCGCAAAGCUCUAACCAAUUCCAGUGUCGCCCGAUUGAGCCAUAAAAUGGAUGGAGCUAUGUCUAUCAACGAUAUUAAUGACUCUGUUACGGAAGCCUUUCCUCCACAAAUGGCCAGCCUUGCCCGCGCAGCAGCUCGUGAAGCUCUAACCGAUCACCGUGUCAGCGAAUUGAGUGCUAUAAUGGAUCAAGCUAUGUCUAUCAAAUAG